AUGGAUUCAGCAAACCUCCAGAAGCAGUCAGAGCCCGAGGAGCCACGCUUCCUCACCUUCCCGCACGCUCCAGAUGACGCCACUCGGGACGGCAAGCCUAUGCUAAACAAGUACUCAACCAUUCUCACGAGGGGCCAUGACUGCCCUGGUGCCCAGGCCAUGCUGUACGCAGCUGGCGUGCCCGACAAAGAGACCAUGGAGACUGCUCCGCAGGUUGGCAUCGCCUCCGUCUGGUGGGAGGGGAACCCAUGCAACAUGCAUUUGCUUGAUCUGGGCAAGGCCGUGAAGGAUGCCGUUCAGAAGCAAGGGAUGCUGGCAUGGCAGUACAACACCAUUGGUGUGUCUGAUGGCAUUACGCAAGGCGGAGAGGGCAUGCGCUUCUCCCUCCAGACCCGUGAGAUCAUCGCCGACAGUAUCGAGACUGUCACAUGCGCACAGCACCACGAUGCCAACAUCUGCAUACCGGGCUGCGAUAAAAACAUGCCUGGCUGUGUUAUGGCCAUGGCACGUCAUAACCGCCCAGCUUUGAUGCUUUACGGCGGGUCCAUCAAGCCCGGCUAUUCAAAGCUGCUGCAGAAGCCCAUCAAUAUUUCCACUUGCUUUGAGGCACAUGGUGCUAUGAUCUACAACACCCUGAGAGCCGAGCAUGACCCUACAAUCACCCCGGAUGCUAUUAUGGAUGAUCUGGAGAAGAAUGCAUGCCCUGGCCCCGGCGCCUGUGGAGGCAUGUACACUGCCAACUCGAUGGCAUCGGCCAUCGAAACGCUAGGUCUCACCGUCACGGGCUCAUCGUCCACGCCUGCCGACAGCCCAGCAAAGAUGCGCGAGUGCGCUAAGGCAGCUGAAUGCAUCAGGAUCUGCAUGGAGAAGAACAUCAAACCGCUUGAUCUUCUUACAAGGAAGUCUUUCGAAAACGCCAUGGUUCUCAUGAUGGCUGUUGGUGGCAGUACAAACGGUGUUCUCCACCUGCUUGCCAUGGCUGGAACCGCUGGUGUGCCUCUCACGCUCGACGACUUUCAGCGCGUGAGUGACAAGAUUCCUUUCAUAGCGAAUCUUGCUCCAAGCGGCAAGUACCUCAUGUCGGAGCUGUUUGAGAUUGGUGGCAUCCCUUCGGUUCAGAAGCUCUUGAUCGCUGCAGGCCUACUGGAUGGCUCGACUCUCACUGUCACUGGCAAGACGCUUUCGGAGAACCUAGAGUCCUGGCCUUCCCUUCCUCAAGGAAACGAGAUCAUCCGCAGUCUCGACAAUCCUAUCAAAAAGACUGGCCACCUCGAGGUUCUGCGCGGAAACCUGGCCCCAGGUGGUGCGGUCGCAAAGAUCACGGGCAAGGAGGGCUUGAGCUUCACAGGAUCGGCCAUGGUCUUCGAAAAGGAGAGCGAGCUUGACAAGGCGCUCUCCCAGGGUAAGAUUCCACAUGGCAAGAACAUUGUCAUCGUUGUGCGCUAUGAGGGUCCCAAGGGUGGGCCCGGCAUGCCUGAGCAGUUGAAGGCAUCUGCCGCACUCAUGGGCGCCAAGCUCACAAACGUGGCACUAAUCACCGAUGGACGAUACAGUGGAGCAUCUCAUGGCUUCAUUGUUGGCCACAUCGUUCCCGAGGCAGCCGUUGGAGGACCUAUCGCUAUCGUCCGUGACGAUGACGUGAUCACAAUUGAUGCAGAAAAGAAUAGGCUCGAUGUCCAUCUCAGCGAUGAUGAGAUUCAGAAGAGACUGUCUGAAUGGAAACCUCCGAAGAGGCCAGUCACCAGGGGAGUCCUGGCGAAAUACGCUAGGUUGGUCGGAGAUGCCAGCCACGGCGCGAUGACGGAUCUUUUCUAA